AUGUUUUCUUCAUCCAUCUUUUAUUUGUAUUCAUCCUUUAUUUUAAUUUUAUUUCAUCGAAUCAACUGUAAAAAUAUUAGUUUCAUUCCACAGUCGAUUAAGAUAACCGUUGCUGGUCUCCCGCAACCCUAUGCUACAUCAUCGGCUUCUAAGGGAGCUCGAGUUAUACCGGUACCUUUAGAUCCUCAGCUCUAUGUUCCUGAUGGAUUCUCGAUCAAGUUAUACAUGAGUGGACUUACAGCACCACGUUAUCUUAUUUAUACACCAAAUGAUGAUAUUCUUGUUAGUGAAUCAAGUGCUAAUCGAAUUUCAUGUCUAGUAGAUAAUGAUCAUGAUGGCUAUCCAGAUCAGCGUUUAACAUUUGCAGAUGCAUCUAAUGGACUCAAUUAUCCAUUUGGUAUGGCUUUUCUCAAUGGAUAUUUUUAUGUUGCUAAUCGAGACGCUCUUCGACGUUAUUCUUGGACUUCUGGAAGUCGACAAAUCACAGGUACAGGUCAGGUUAUUAUGACUUAUCCUUCAACUGGUCAUUCAACGCGCACUAUACUUAUAUCACCUGCCGAUGAUCAAAUGUUUAUUAGCAUCGGUUCAGCAUCUAAUGUUAAUAUUGAACCAUUACCACGAGCCUCUGUUCAAAAAGCUAAUAUCGAUGGUAGUAAUCAAGCAACAUUUGCUUCUGGUCUUCGAAAUGUUGUUGGUUUGGCAUUUCAUCCAAUCACCAAUGAUCUCUAUGUAACAUGUCAAGAACGAGAUGCGCUUGGUGACGAUCUUGUUCCUGAUUAUUUUACACGCAUUCAACAAGGUAAUUUUUAUGGAUGGCCUUUUGCAUACAUGGGUCCAAAUUUAACUGAUCCAAGACGACGUCUAAGUAAUGGAUCAAGUGAACGACCGGAUCUCGUAUCAUUGACACGAACACCUGAUGUUCUUUUUCAAGCUCAUUCAGCAGUUCUUGAUAUGCGAUUUUAUACUGGCAAUCAAUUUCCUAGUCGAUAUAAAAAUGGUGCUUUUGCAGCAUUUCAUGGUUCAUGGAAUAGAAAUAGUGGAACUGGCUAUAAGAUUAUAUUUAUCCCAUUUGAUAGUAAUACAAAUCGACCCAUGGGUUACUAUGAAGAUUUUGUCUAUGGAUUUCUAACAAAUCCAUCCGGACCUGAUACAUUUGGACGACCUGUUGGAAUACUUGUUCUUAAAGAUGGUAGUCUUUUAUUUUCCGAUGAUGGCAACAAACGCCUAUAUCAAAUAGAUUUUCUGCCUCCAUGUGGUUAA